AUGCGUAAACUAUCCACUGCUUCAUACGGUACUUCGGCUGGUUGCAUGGUAGGAGUUCUUAUCGAUAAAAGAGAAGAUCUUUUGGAACCGGAACCUCUGGUUCCGUUGCCCGAUGGUCGCAUUGUGGGCGGCUGGCCUGUGAAUAUCACCAGCCACCCUUACCAGGCGUCUUUCCACAAUUGGCACCGCCACAGUUGUGGAGCUGUUCUUAUAGCGCCCGAUUGGAUUGUUACUGCUGCUCAUUGCGUGUCCGCAGGGCCACAUCGCUACAGCUUCCGACUGGGUUCCCACCUGUGGGCCUCUGGAGGAACCGUUUUGAUGGCAACCCAUCUUCUCAGGCAUGCGCAGUACAAUGCGACCACCAUUGACUACGAUAUUGCUUUGGUGAGACUGAGCAUGGCUCAAAGUGCUGUUGAAGACAUUAUCGGUUAUGCCCAAUUGCCGCCCGAAGGGUGGCACCCAACUGCAGGAAGCUUAGCUACAGUCGCUGGAUGGGGAACGCCGUUCGCUGGCGGUUCAUUGAUGGACGAACUACAGGAAGUUACGGUUCCUAUCGUAAACAACGAAUCCUGCCAAGAGUUCUACAGCGAUUUGUCCAACAGAACUGGCAUAUUCAUCACGGACAGGAUGGUUUGCGCAGGAUUUACCGAAGGAGGACAGGACGCAUGCAGUGGGGACUCUGGGGGGCCACUCAUGGUGGACGGGUACUUAACGGGGAUCGUUUCUUGGGGAAAUGGGUGUGCGCGAGCUGGUUUUCCAGGAGUGUACGCCAGUGUCCCACAUUUCGUGCCCUGGAUCAAGGAAAUUACUGGACUGUAAAUCUGGAUGUGCGCUUUCUUUUAGUAAAAUGCUGCUGUGGUUCUUUGCUUUAACAAA